ACAGUAACCUUAUUAAUGCCCCAUCGCUUUGCAACAACGUUGGUUGGGCUAUUUGCCCGCGUUGUAGAAAUGGCAUUGCCGUCACUGUCUAGGUUGGGGAGAGCGCCUGAAAACAGCAGGAAGAAAAUUGCCUAGAGUGUUAAAGAUAAGUGUUCUACACUCGCAACCUGUCCCUUCGUAGCUAAUGAGACCAGGUACACACUUUUAAGAUGUGGGAUGAACGAUAUUUCCCCGCUCCUUUUUGUUGGGAAAACGAGCGGGCAUGGCCAUACAUAUGGCUCACCAUUCGAUAUGCCAAGAAAUUCCUUGGCUUCGUGGUAAGCAUGAAGGGGCGUUUCAUCAUUUUGAUAGAAUGGAAACAAAGUGGCUACAUCUGCUUUCAGUGCGUUCAAUCCCCGGCACCGAACCUCUCCGACCCCAUGUCUACCAAACUUCGAGUGGCCACAUGCAGAACACAACUGGCCAGGCCCAUGGGACUCGGAGCGGGUACCCAUGCUGAUGGCCUGGUUCUUUUUGGCAUGGGUCAUAAGCCGGAUUCGCUCAGACGAGCUUCGCUGAGUCUUGCUCGAAUGGUGCCAAAUUGCCAAUAUUGCUGGACACUUACACGGACGCUUCUCGCACACCCAGUGGUUUUGUGGUGGGGACACAUCCGAAUAAGGACGUUCCUGCCAUGAGUCAAAUCGUGUAACAGUAAUGCAACCAAUUGGGAAGUUUGGUCUGCGG